GCCUGUAGAAAAAGCACCUCGCAGCUAGGAAAGUUGAUAAUGGCUAGGUUGCUCAACUUGCCCUCAAUCAAAAUGGUGACUUCAGUUGCUUCACCGACUGGGAAUCGACGCAGGCUUCCUACGUUGGUCCGCAGAGGGAGUCGGGAAAUAAUUUUAAACUGAGGAGGCCGUUAUGGGUUGUUUCCGGUUAUCAACGGCUGGGCUCCCGAGGUGGACCUGGCCGCUGAAGGGCUCGAAUGGAGAAGGGGGAUAUCUGUCUCGACGUAGUUUGGGAUUCAGACUUGAAGAAUGAUUGGUGCUGCGGGAAUGGGUGACAGCGUCAUCACGGCAUUUUAUUGGCAAUGGAUUCUUACAAUGCACCAGAAUCGACUCCUAGUCAAACUGCGACCUCGAGACUUAAAGAUUACUUUAUAGGUGCCACCCCUCUGCAGAAACGAUUAGAAUCAGUCAGGAAGCGGACCUCGUGUGUCCCGACUCCGCCUCGAAGGAAAAUCCCCCAGUGUUCACAACUGCAGGAUGAUGUUAAUUCACAAAAGGUUGCAUUCCUCCUGCAUAAACAAUGGACUUUAUAUAGUUUAACUCCCCUAUAUAAAUUCUCCUAUACCCAUCUCAAAGAGUAUUCUAGACUUCUGAGUGCAUUUAUUGCUGCUGAAAAGCAAAGAGGACUUGCUGUGGAAGUGGGAAAUGAUUUCAACAUCAGAGUAGUUUUCUCUACUCUCCCAGAAAUGAAAGGAACACAAAGAGACUCUGAAGCAUUUCUUAUCCAGAUUCUGUCAAAAUCUCUAUUGCCAUCUGAGAACAGAGAUGGUAAAGUGUUGUGGACUGGUUGGUUCUGCUGUAUAUUUGGAGAUAGUCUUUUAGAGACCGUUUCAGAAGAUUUCACCUGUCUACCCUUAUUCCUUGCAAAUGGAGCAGAGACUAAUACAGCCAUAAUUGGAACCUGGUUUCAGAAAACUUUUGACUGUUAUUUCAGUCCAUUAUCAAUCAAUGCAUUUAAUCUUUCCUGGAUGGCUGCAAUGUGGACUGCAUGCAAAAUGGACCGCUAUAUGGCUACUACGGAAUUUCUUUGGUCUGUACCCUGUAGCCCUCAAAGUCUAGACAUUUCUUAUGCUAUACAUCCAGAGGAUGCAAAAGCUUUAUGGGACAGUGUCCACAAAACACCUGGGGAAGUUACCCAGGAGGAAGUUGACUUAUUCAUGGACUGCCUUUAUUCACACUUCCACAGGCAUUUCAAAAUUCAUUUAUCAGCCACAAGAUUGGUUCGUGUUUCAACAGCUGUAGCUUCAGCACAUACAGAUGGGAAAAUAAAGAUCCUGUGUCAUAAGUACCUUAUUGGAGUGUUGGCGUAUUUGACAGAACUGGCAAUUUUUCAAAUUGAAUGAGGUCUUGUGGGGACUAUAAGUUAUGGAUUAUAUACCUUUUUCUCACUGGCUGUUUGCCUAAUUGCUAUGCUGAGAGGGACUUCGGGACAAAUGGGCAUCUAUCUGUCCAUCUGUUUUCCUCACAGUGAUUUUGGAAUUGCCCAGAUGAAAGCCAAGAAGGAUAUAGAAGAACAAAGAAAGUGGUAGUAGAUGAACCACAGCUCAGUGCUCUGUAAUAGUCAUGAUGAUCUGGGAUGCCAGUCUCUAGAAAAUACUAAGUUGUUAAUUUGUUGGCCAUCUUUCUAAAAAUAUAUAUAUAAUGUUUAUUAUAUCAAACUUAUAGGAUUCAAGUAGGAUAUCCCUAAUAUUGAGUAUUUCUGAUUUGGGUCUUAAAUACCUUUCAUUCCUUUUAAGCAUUUUAGACUUGCAUUCAGAGGGAAUUUCUCUCUUCUAAAGACAUUUUCCUAGCAUCAUUUCCCUGUAGAGAACUGGCAAUCAGAAUCCUCUCCAAAGGAAAGUAAAGAUUAAUAUACAUUUUUAAAGUCACUGAUAUGCUUCUGUUUUUAAUGUAGUUCACUUAUGGCAUUGUUGAAUUAACUAUUCACUUUUAAAACAAAGCGGUGUGUUUUUAUCAGUGUCUUGGUGACCUAUCUUCAGUGUCUCAGGAAUGGGAAGUCAUAGGCCUGUUCUCUAGCACAAAGGCUACAAACCAACAGUUAAAUAGGAUCAUACAAACUGUAGAGUUGAAAGGCACCUAUGCCUCUUUUUGAGGGCAGAAAUUGUCUUAACUUUCAUGUCCCUAAUUUUGCUUUAGCACAGUGCUUGGUAGAUACCUAUAGAUUUAAGUGAAUGAAUUUUAACCAACUCUUUCAUUUUACAGAUGAGAACUAUGAGAUCAAGCGAUUCAAGAAAGUUGCCCAAGAUGUUAUAUCUAAAUCUCUACUUACUGAGCAUAGGAAGAUUUUGUUUUACUUUAGAAACAAUAUUUUUCAAAACAUUUUGCUUGAAAGAAAGUCACUUUAAUAGGCUGUUCUUUAAUCUCUCUUCUAAAAACAGAGUAACCUCUGGAGUGGGAUAUUAUUUCACAUACUAGAAACAGCAGAGAUAGUGGGGAAAAAAGCAUGGGCUUUUCUCAGACAUUGAUUCGUUCAAACAAUGUUAAGCUCCUACCAUGUACUUGGAAUUGUAUUGGGUGAUAGGAAUAUAGCAGGGAAGACAAGAUCCCUGUCCUGUAGAAAUUAUAUUCUAAUGGAGGAAGGCAAAAGAUAAGUAAUUUCAGAUGGAGAUAAGUGCUCUAAAGAAAUAAGGCAGUACAAUAUGAAGGAGGGUGAAUACUGAAUGAUGAGAGGGGACCAGCUCUGUGGAGAUCUGAGGAAGGGUGUGGUAGGUAGGUCAAACUGCAAGAGCAAAGGCCUUGACAAAGGGAGCUUGGCUUAUCUGAGGAAUAAAGGAAGUCUGUGGCUUGAGCAUAGCAAGUAAGGGGGGCAUAGUAGGAGGUGAAACUGAAAAGAUUGUGCAGCAGAGACGUCUUUGGUGGUGUUAUGAACUUCAUAUUUUUGGCUGGACAUGUGGCUGCCCAGAAUAAAAAUGACAUUUUUCAGCCUGUUUCAGAGGAACAGAUUAGGUUCUGACCCAUGGCAUGUAAAUGGAAGUAUGUAGAACUGCUAGGAACCUUCUUUCACAAAAGUGGGUGUGUUCCCCUUGCCCUUUUCUUAUUCAUCCAACUUUGAUGCUAGGACUACAUGUAAUGACUAGUAUUCCAGCUGCUCUUAGGUCAUGGGGAUGAGAGUCAGGCCCUAGGGAUGGCAGAUCAUGGCCUGGAAGCUGUUUGUGCCCUGAGGACUUCUUGAAGCAGAACCCCAGUGCCAGCCUUGGGCAGUCUUCCUCCAGGCCUUCAUGUCAGAGAAGUAAACUUCUCUAUCUUGUUUAAUCUAUUGUUAUUUUGGGUCUCUUGCUGGUAGCCACACCUUAAUCCUAACUGAUACCGAGAGGUAGGGUCUAUGAAGAGAUUGGUUUUUAAUUCUAAAUGUAAUCAGAAGCUACUGAAGUUUUAAGCCGGAGAGCAAUAUGACCCAAUUUGUGAUUUUAUAAACCAUCAGAGGAUGAGUAGUAGGUGGACAAGAGUGGAAGAGGGAAAACAGUUAAAAACGUUGUUAAAACUGUAACAACCUCUAUGGGAAGUUAGCAGUAUCUAACAAAAGUAUGUGUGAUUUACCCUUUGACCAGCAGUCCCAAUUCCAGGAUUCUAUCUCCAAAAUUCACUGGCAACGGUACAAAAUGAAGCAUAUAUAAGGCAAUUUAUUGCAACCUAGCAUUUAUAAUAGCAAGAUAAAAAACAACCCAAAAGCUCAUCAGAGGGGGACUGGUUGAAUAAAUUUUCAUAUAGCUGCACAGUGAAUUACUACUAUAUAACUAUAAAGAGGUUUGAGGAAGAUACCUAAUGCUGCCAUGGAGUGAUCUCUAGGAUAUGUUAUGUGAAAGAUAAGGACAAAAUAAGGACAGAGUGCUGUCUUUUGUGGAAGGAAUGGGGAGAAUAAAGGUGUAUGUGUGUGUAUUUUCUUAUGUUAUCAAAAACAAUGGCAAGAUAAAACUAACAAGUGUUUACUAAUAAUUCUAGGAAGGAACUGGGUAGAGGGGCAGGAAGGAAAGGUUAAGACAUGUCUAAGUGUUCCUUGUUUGUAGUUUGGAACCAUGUGUUUCAUGUACUUAUGAAACAAAAUUAGAUUUAAAAAAGUAGUCCUUAAAAUUGAAAACAAGUGAACCUAACUAUUAUCUUCAGUGGGCUAUAUAUUCUAGGAAAAGAACAGCAAGAAAUCUUAAAUUGCAUUCGGUUAUCUUGUUAAUAAUAUUGGUAUUGUUAUUUUACCACGAUUUAUAAGGUAAAGCAAAUGUAAUUAUAGUAAUGUUAGGAACCAUGAUUUUCAGUGUAAGAGAAAAGAUAGCAAUUAUAAAAUCAAGUAAUCUAAGUAGAAACUCUGUAAUAUUAAAUUUGAAUUGGAAAUACCAGACUGAACUCAUUUAUUUUUGAAAUGUAAAGAACUUUAAUUCUGAUGAAGUCCAAUUUACUAAAUUUUUUUCAUUUAUUUCUUUUGGUGUCGUGUCUAAGAAAUCAUUUUAACCUGAGAUUUCAAAGAUUUACUUCUAUGUUUUCUUCUAAAGAUUUUGUAGUUUUAGCUCUUAAAUUUAAGUCUGUGAUCCAUUUUGAGGUUUUCUUGUUAUGAGGUAAGCAUCUAAUUGAUCAUUUUACAUAUAGAUAUCGUUUGUAACCAUUUACUGAGAAGACUUGUUUUUCCCAUUGAAUUGUCACUUUUCUUAGAAAGAAACUGACCAUACAAGUUUGGGUUUACUUUUGGACUCUCAGUUGAUCUAUAUGUCUGCCCUUUAUGCCAGUAACACAAUUCUGAUUAUUGUAGCUUUGUACUGUUUUGAAAUGAGCAAGUGUGAGCUUGCCCACUUUGUCCUUUUUUCAAGAUUAUUUUGGCUAUUCUGGUUCUUCGGUAUUUCCAUAAGGAUUUUAGGAUCAGCUUGGUCAAUUUCUGUAAAACAGUUAGCUGGUGAAUAAGUAGCUGGAUUUUGAGUGAUUACAUUGAAUCUGUAGAUCAAAUGUAUUGGAAUUAUUAUUUUAAUCAAAUUUAUAUAUUAUAUCAAUUAAAAAUAAGAGAAAUAAAGUUUUUAUUUUACCCUCA